UUAUUUUGAACCAGAUUGAAAAAAUUUUUGACAUUCUGUUAGUUUUUUCAUCAUCCGUUAGUAGUCAUAAAAUUUGUAAUAAUUUACAAAAUGGAACUGCAACUAAAGGUAGCCACUUGUCCAAGCGACGUCUUAUCAUACACAAAUCGAGCUGUGGUCAAUCCAAAUGAUUUACAAUUAUUGAACAAUACCAAAUAUGCCGAGAUUAUCAACUCACAACAUCAACAUUUCAUUUUCACGCUCGAACCAAGCGACUUGAUUCAGCGCAAUUUCAUUGGAUUCAACGUGUUAAUGAGGAAAUGGGCAUUACUUAGUACAAACGAAUUGCUAAUUGUUCGUCCAUACAUGCCAGACAUGAAGAAACAUUCUGUGGCUAAAAUGACUGUCACUGUAGAAUAUGUUCAGAAAACGAAUGCAGUCGAUACGUUCAACACAGAUGAAAUGGCGGCCGAAUUCUUAAGACAAUUCACACGACAAUCGUUCACCAAGGACCAAAUGUGUGUUUUCAAAUUUCAAGACAAAAAACUGUUAAAAUUAGUGGUCAAGGGAAUGGAAGCGAUAUCCGUUGAUUUGGAUAAAAAAGCAGAUAACGGACCAAAGAUUGAUUUUGGCAUACUGUUACCAAAUUCGCAGAUAAUAUUUGAGAAAGCUAAUGAAUCUGGCAUCAAAUUGACUGGCCAUGCCAAAGGCAAAAUUGUACAUCAAUCAAUCAUUAAUCCAAAUUGGGAUUUCGAAUCAAUGGGCAUUGGUGGCCUCGAUAAGGAAUUCAAUGCCAUAUUUCGUCGGGCUUUUGCAUCUCGUGUAUUUCCUCCUGAGAUAAUCGAAGAACUCGGUAUAAAACAUGUUCGUGGAAUUCUUUUGUAUGGUCCACCUGGAACGGGCAAGACUUUGAUGGCUAGACAAAUUGGCAAAAUGUUGAACGCUCGUGAACCAAAAAUCGUUAAUGGACCUCAGAUAUUAGACAAAUAUGUGGGCGAAUCCGAAGCGAACAUUCGUAAAUUGUUUGAAGAUGCUGAAGAGGAACAGACAAGAAUGGGUAUAAAUAGCGGUCUACACAUAAUUAUUUUCGAUGAGAUCGAUGCUAUCUGUAAAGCUCGAGGAUCGAUGGCCGGAACAUCGGCAGUUCAUGACACUGUCGUUAAUCAAUUGUUGGCCAAAAUUGAUGGCGUUGAUUCGUUGAACAACAUAUUAGUCAUUGGUAUGACUAACCGCAAAGACAUGAUUGACGAAGCAUUGCUUCGACCAGGUCGACUUGAAGUGCAGAUGGAAAUCAGUCUUCCGAAUGAAGAUGGCCGUGUUCAAAUAUUGAAUAUUCACACUAGUAAAAUGCGCCAAUACAAAAAAAUUGCACCUGAUGUCAACAUUCAAGAAUUGGCAACGUUGACUAAAAAUUUUUCCGGUGCAGAAAUUGAAGGCCUAGUUCGAGCUGCUCAAUCGACUGCUAUGAAUCGACUAGUGAAAGCGACAAGCAAAGUGGAACUGGAUCCUCAGGCCUAUGAGAAAUUACUUGUAAGCCGUAAUGACUUCAUGUUAGCCCUUGAAAAUGAUAUCAAACCAGCAUUUGGUACUAGCACUGAGACGAUCGAACGUCUUAUAAUGGAUGGUAUCAUCAUAUGGAACCAAAUGAUUAAAGAACUUCUCGACGAUGGCCACUUGUUCACUGAACAAGUUCGAUCUCCCGAAAGUUCGCAUGGCAUCGUCAGCAUCUUGAUCGAAGGCAAUCCGAAUAGUGGUAAAACUGCUUUGGCCGCUCGUAUUGCGCUUGAUUCAAAUUUUCCAUUCAUUAAACUGUGCUCGCCGGAUGACAUGGUUGGCUUCACAGAACCGGCCAAAUGUCAAGCUAUUCGUAAGGUGUUUGAUGAUGCAUACAAAUCUACGUUAAGUUGCAUACUGGUCGAUAACAUUGAACGUCUUCUCGAUUACGGACCCAUUGGACCUAGAUAUUCUAAUCUAGUGCUACAAGCGUUGAUGGUAUUGCUCAAGAAAGAACCACCACCCGGCAAGAAAUUGUUGGUUCUAUGUACGACUAGUUGUCGUCAAUUACUGUAUGACAUGGAAUUGUUACCUACAUUCACCACCGUACUUCAUUGCCCAAAUCUGACCACCGCCGAUGACAUGCUGGCUGUUUUGCAAGCUUUCUCCAUCGAUUCUGGCAAUACCAAGUCAUGUUUUUCCGUUCCAGAAAUUCGACAAAUUUACGAAAUGACAAAAGGACGUCGACUAAGUAUUGGUAUCAAAAAAUUGGUCGCUUAUAUCGACAUGGCAAAACAGAUGGAUCCUAAUGCUCGAACCAGAAAAUUCAUAUGUAAACUGGAAGACGAAGGGGCCAUACAAUUGAGCUGAAUAAUCAUUAACAUGUAUACUCAUGACAGUGGUUUUAUUUCUUGUGCAAAUUGUUUAUUUAUUCGUUAUUUUGUUGAUGCAGAUGCCAAGCGAUAUUCAUUCCAAUCUCUAUAUCAAUCAAUCAAUCUUUGUCCUUGUUUGUAGCCCAAUUAUUUUUCUCUAGAAAAUAAUCACUUAUGGGUGUGUUUGUGUGUGUGUGUGUGUGUGCGUGUGAUCCAAUUCAUUAUAAAUUUCAUUGUUAGGUGUUAUUUUUAUUUAUGCAAUAAUUAGACAAUUCGACAAUCAAUCUGGUAUUAAUUAGUUGAUACAUUGAAAAUAUGGUACCAGGUUCAGCAUUGUUGAUGGCUUUCAGCCAUAUAAAUCUAAGAUUGAAUAAAAUUCCUAUUGGAUCACAUUUA